AGCGAGGAGUAAACAGUGCUCUAGGAUGUCUCAAGGCGCUAAGUUUUAGCUUUAAAUAUUAGGUUUGAUAAACUACUAGCGCUCAUACAGAGACACACAGGGAUAAGUAAUAUACUAAGACAUCUAUGAAAACAGCAUACCGAGCAUUUAGUGUUUCGUAACAUUUUAAAAACAGCUAAGAGUGUACUGAAAGGGAUGUUUGUGCUACGUUAAGAUAGCAUGCUAAGCUAAGUGCUAGCCCCGGCUAACGUCAGUUUGCCUUUUGGAAUGGUAGUGAGCAGCGCGAGCUCCUCCGGACAUGGCAGCGGGCGCACGAGCCUCUUCUGGCGGCUCUUUCGAGUCCACGAUGGGGAAAAGGUUUCAGAGCGUGUCCAACACCAUGGACUCAAUACAGGGACUGUCAACGUGGUGCAUCGACAACAAGAAGUACCACAGCCUGAUUGUGCGGCACUGGAUGAAGUGUUUGAAGAAAUCCGACACCUCACAGAGGCUCAACCUUUUUUACGUGGCUAACGAUGUCAUUCAGAACUGUAAAAGGAAAAAUGCCAUCGUUUACCGUACGGCGUUCGCUGAGAUGCUCCCUGAAGCCUUCUUGCUGGUCAACACUGAAGGUGACCCAAAGGUGUUAAAAGCUGUGGAGAGGAUCAUUUCCAUCUGGGAGGAGAGGGGGGUGUAUGCAGGGACCCUCAUCACUGAGCUCAGGAGCAACUUAGUCAAAGAGGAGUCCCCUCCCGAGACCCCUGUGGAGCAAAAAAAUCCAGUCGAGUCUAAAGCAGAUCUACAGUCCAAAAUUGUUGCUGAGUUUGUGCCCCAGGCUCUGUUUGACGAUCUGUCCAAGUACAAGAAGUCUCUGGAGGAGUUGGACCUGAGAGAGAAACAGCUGGCAGCGAUGAGAGUCGACAUCUGCAGUUCUGAUGCCCUCAAGAGACUCAAAGAUAAGGCAGGAGGAAAGAAAUUCUCCAAGGACUUUGAGGAAGGAAGUGCGCAACUGCAAGACUUUGUCAAGUUCUUUGACCAACAAAUCAAAGUAGGGCCUCCUCUCAUGCAGUCCCUCAGCAACGCAGAUAUCUUCUACGAGAUGCAGUACAAGGAGGUCAAGAUUGUUGCUAAUGCCUACCAGACGUUCGCCAACCGGGUGUCCCACCUGAAGCGUAAACUGGAUUCCCUGAAGGCCAACCUCCCAGACAUGGACGAGUCUCCCAUCCCCUCGCCUUCCGCAGACGCUCCCUCUCCAACGGGCUCAGAGUCCCCUUUUCACGACCUGGAGAUGGCCCACCCCGAUCCAGAUCUUGACGGCUGUGCGAUGGAGGAUGAAGCCGACGCGCCGGCCCCGAGCCCGCUGUCCUCCCCGGGAGGAUCCCCAAAACAAAUGGAGACCGUCGGGCAGAGUGACAACCGUGAGGUGGAGGACAUGGAGCUCUCUGACGAAGAAAUGGACAGCGGCGGCAUUAUAGUUGAGGAACAGAUUGAAAGCCCCAUCCAACCAAAGGUGUCCUCUUUAAAAGCGGAGGCAGCAGUGGCACCAGAGCAGCCUGUCACACAGGUCCCGCCCCCUGCACUUACUCCUGCAGUUACUCCUCCUGCACGUAAUCCAGCAGUUACUCCUCCUGCACGUAAUCCAGCAGUUACUCCUCCUGCACGUAAUCCAGCAGUUACUCCUCCAGCAGUUACUCCUCCAGCAGUUACUCCUCCAGCAGUUACUCCUCCAGCAGUUACUCCUCCUACAGUUACUCCUCCUGUAACAGCUCCUCCUGCAGCAGCUCCUCCUGCAGCAGCUCCUCCUGCAGCAGCUCCUCCUGUAACAGCUCCUCCUGUACCAGCGGCUCCUGUAGUGCCUCUUACUCCUCCAGCAGUUACUCCUCCAGCAGUUACUCCUCCAGCAGUUACUCCUCCUCCAGUUACUCCUCCUGUAACAGCUCCUCCUGCAGCAGCUCCUCCUGCAGCAGCUCCUCCUGUAACAGCUCCUCCUGUACCAGCGGCUCCUGUAGUGCCUCGUGCAGCAGUGGAAAGUGUGGACCUGGGUAAAAUUGGCUCCAUCCUCAACAGUUUGAAUGCAGUCAUGAAGAACACAGGACCAUUAGUGGAGAGUCCUCCUGCAGGCUCCCCUGCUGCCUCCUCAUUGAAGAGUCCACCAGCGGCCCCUGUGGCCCCUCAUGAAGCCAGCUCUCUGGUGAACCUCCUCUCUAAGGUGGACAUGAGUUCUGCAGACAUCCUGGGCGCUCUCUCCAAAGUCCAGGGUAGAGGCAGCCUCGGGGGUAUCUCUUCUCUUCUGAGCAGCCCAAAUGUUUCCUCAGUCUCGUCCAGUAUAGGAAAAAUCCCUCCGUUAUCCACAUCCGCGUCAGCAGCACCCUCUCAGAGCCCGUCUCUCCCGCCUGUUGCACCUGUGCCUUCUUCACACAGCGCCACUGAAAGGCUGAGUCUGAGUUCCCAAGCCCCGCCCAAGACUUCAAAUGCAGCAUCUGCUCUGGUCCAGGCUCUCCAUCGGGACAUGGAUCUGACUACAGAGAAAUCACCGGCCUUGUCCUCGGAUAGCUUAGAGUCUAAAAUCCACAGCUUCCUGCAGGGGAACCCGGCUUUCAAUGCGUUUGGCAUUAGUCUUCCCACAAAGCCUGUGGCAGCAGCGGACAACCUCAGCCCCGUAACUGGGACAGACAACCAGGGCGGGACCCCAGUGCGGGAUGAGGGCGGCAGCACCCCAACUCAAGAUGAAAUAAUGGACGAGCCUGUGGUGGUCCCGUUCACCUCCAAGACAAAUCAGUCAUCGAUUGGAGAUACGGUUACCAUGGCUCCUGUAGCAUACCAGAACAGCAGUCAGCACAACAAUCCCCCACAGCAGGCCCGCCUGCAGCCCGGGGGGGGCCCUCAGAACGGGCAGGCAUACCAGCCGUACCCUUACGGCCAACACAACGUUUCGGAGCAUGGCAUGGCCGCCCCUGGUGCUCACUACCAGCAGAUGUCUGCACAAACAGGAGGGCCGGGGCCUGGAGUAAGACCCCCAGGUGGUGCCGGUAGCACACAGACAAUGAAAGGCUUUCAGGGGGGGAGUGAAAGCGGUUGGUAUGGGGACAGUUACCAAGGGGGGAACUCCCAGCAACCCAGAGGCUACAAUGUGACGGGGCCUGGAGAACACAAUUCCUCUGGACUUUAUCCAUACCAAACAGAGACAUUUCGGGAACCUCAACAGUUGGCCCCCCAGCAGGACGCCGCCACGGCCCCUGUUUACUUCAGAGGUACCCUCCCUCCUGUCCCAAAGCUCCCUCCCCCUCCUCAAGUUUUAGACGCCCCUCCUUCUGGGAACAGCAGUAUGAUGAUGCCACCAGAGCAGCAGCACCCGGGGCCCGGCGCUGGGAUGGGGAAGGCGAUCGGGCCCCGAGGUGACAGUGUCAUCAGCGGGAUGAUCGUCCACGACCAUCAACACAAAUCCAUGUUCCAUCCUGAUGAUUCGCCCUAUGAACUCGACAGACCGCAUCAUCCUCACCCUGAAGACUUCCAUCCUCACCCUGAAGACUUCCAUCCUCACCCUGAAGACUUCCAUCCUCACCCUGAAGACUUCCAUCCUCACCUAGACAGACCCCUUCCUUCUCACCCGGAAGAUUUCCCCCCUCACCCAGACGACCUGGGUUACCAAGAUGACCCCCGCCAUCAUGAUCACUAUGAUGCCCAUUUCUUUCAAGAAGACAAUUUCCCCCACCCAGAAGAUCCUUAUCACAGGCCAGGUAACCCUCCGCAGCACUACCCCAGAGUUCGAGGGCCCCCCGCUCCCCCUCUCUCGGCCUCAGAGGACCCUUACUACCAGGGCCACAACCCCCGUCCUCCGCACUUCGCUCCCAGGAGACCACUUCCACCACAUCAUCAUGAAAUUCGUCAUCCUGGACCACGGCCUCCACAUCGGCUUCCUCACCCAGCACACCACCCACACCCCGGAGGACCCCCACAUGCAGCAUUUCCUCGGUUCCAGGGCCCCGGUCCAAGGUUAAGAGGCAAACGACCUGGUCCAAGAGGAGGUGGACAUCCUGGUCCAAUGUUCCCCCCGAAAAGACCCUUUCAACCCCCACGUUACUGAGUGGGCAUGAAGCUCUGAGCUCUUAAAUCACUGGAUGUCAUGAAGGCAGGGUCAGAGUUCCACACCUGUGAAAAUCUAGGUGGAUGAAAGAGCAGAGGUGGUCACCAGGAAUGAAUUCAGCUGAUACCAGAAGAGGGGCGAAGAAUAAAGCAGGAGAACAAGAGACACCAGGAGGCUCUGAGGGGGCUGCUGAGCGGAAGAGUGAAGACAGAAGAUGAAAGAAAAUAAGAGGGAUCCAGAGCCACACUUUGAUGUGUCUGAUGUGAUGGGAACCUUAUCCACAUGUUAACUGAUGAUGAAGAGGAGGAGGGGGUUUGAUGUUGUGGUGGCUCUCCUCUUUGAAUCCUGCACAGCUCCUGGCUCUUCUGUUCUAUCAUGAAUGCUGUGCAGCAUGUGAGAGAUGGGGAAUCUCAGGAGAGCUGGGAGGAUGAACAGAGAGGCCCAUUCGGGUAAGUACAUUCAGAGUUAUUGGAUACUUCUUAAACUAUAUAUUGUGUCGCUCAUACACACAAUUACAUCUCAAUGAGUUCCACAACAUCAAGGGAUUUAUACACCUGCAAUAUGUAGAAAUUGUCAUUUAAUGCACAUUGUUAUGAAAUAAAGAUCUAUUGUUCCUUCUAUAAAAUAAAACAAGUUUGUGUUGUCUGUUUAUUCUCACAAUUAGCAGCUGUUUUAUGUCCUUUCAGAACCAUUUCUCUCAAAAUGUUGAAAAAGCAAAAAAACAUUUUGCGGGACAUUUUUGGAAUGAGAUAAUUCAUUUGUUUGAAGUAUUUCCUUUGAAAAGGUUUAG